GCGCAGCUGCUGUGGAGAGUCUCUGGAACGAGGCGCGUAUUUUGCGCGCAGAGGCGUCCGGAUCGUGCCAGAAGUUGCCAGUCGCUCAUUGAGGUUGCCCAGAGAGUUGGACGAGCACACAAAGGGGAGCGUGAUAGAGAGAGUUGCUCAGUGGAAGCAGAUAAAGGAGGACAGGGAAGACGAACGAGAAGAGGUGACCCGGCCGAGGCGACAUGUUUGGCAUGAUCAAAAACUCGCUCUUCGGAAACACCGAGGAGACAGAGUACAAGCUGCUCAGCAGCGAGACGAAGGAUGGAGUCAGCUUCGAGGUGCGGAGGUAUGAUGCUGCCAAAUACGCUACAGUCUCCUCUGAGGGGAGAUCCUUUGACCAAGUGACGGGAGAGCUGGUGAGGAAGCUGCUCAUGUACAUCGGAGGGAGCAACGAACAAGGUGAAGCCAUGGGCACAGCAGCGCCCAUCAUCAUCACCGUGUACCCCCGGAACGACGGGGUUCUGUCUCGCCGCUUGAUAGUCAGCAUCCGCAUCCCCACCGCCUACCAGCAAAGCCCCCCAGCUCCAACCGACGAGGCCAUCAAGGUGGAGGAGCGGCCCGGCAUGACCGUCUACGCUCUGCAGUUCGGAGGCUUCGCGGCAGAAAGCGAGUUCCGGGCCGAGGCCCUGCGUUUGACACGCACCCUCGGAGAGACGGCGCCAUUUCAACGCAAGCAGUACUUCUGCUGCAGCUACGACCCACCACUCAAGCCUUACGGACGCCGCAACGAGGUGUGGUUUCUACAGGAAGAGCCGUAGAGGGACGCCCAAUCAGAUCGAAGUCAUCAUGCUGAAUAUUUACUCGACCUUUCAGUUCUGACGAUCCUGUAGCUCUAACAGUUCUUUAAUGGUGAGAGCAGGAUGGUGAGUUAAUGACCUUUGAACCCAAACAGACAGAUAGAGAUUACCCAUGUUGCCUUUACCCAUCUCAUCUCAGGGCCCAGCUGUUCUAAAGUACACUGAUAAGAUUAAAUAAUUAAAAUAAGAUGCUUAAAUGAAAUAAAGGAAAACAAAAUGUGAUUCAAAGAUCUUUCUUAUCCUGAUAAAACCUCCAGUUUGUGAUGUUAAAACUUUGGAUAUUAGUCCAACUGUGCAGAAAUCAAGUUACACAUGAUUCUAACCCAAAGAGGGAAGGGGAUGAGUCGAGUGUGAGUGUGUGAGCCGUCUGUUUCUUGGUGUGUUUAGCUUCAUAAAAUAUGGCAAGGUCAAUUAGAACAUUUCUUUUGCAGUGAUGUUGACACCCAAGACAUUUAUUUUAAAUGUGUCUCUUAGAUUGUUGCAUCCCUACCCUGUGUUAGUAAUUAAAAUUGGCAUUAUGUUUGAAAAGAAAGAAUGUUUCUACCUAAA